AUGCACUCGGACGGCAAGGAUACUGCGGUGCUUGCCACUGAUACUGCAGCUGCAACUGACGACAAUGGCGGCCCUCAAGUCGACUUUCCGAACGAAGAGGCCCAACGCGGUGUUCAAGCAGUUGAGGCGGUGACACUCACAUGGUCGAAGUUGACACUGAUUGCCAUUUUCUUGAACAUUUGGCUGCUCUAUUUUGUCAACGCCUUUCAGUCUACCAUCCUAUCGAAUUUACUUCCCUACGCAACGAGCGACUUCGAAUCCCAUUCGCUUUUGAACGUCAUAUAUGUCGUGGCCGGCUCGAUGUCUGCGGCAACCUAUAUGCCUCUGUCCAAAAUUAUGGACGUCUGGGGUAGAGCUGAGGGUUUCCUCAUCAUGACCGUCUUUGCUACUCUGGGCCUCGUCCUGAUGGCCGCAAGCAAUGGCAUUGCCACUUUCUGUGCCGCAUAUGUGUUUUACAGCAUUGGCUUUGGUGGUAUGACUUACGCCGUCGAUGUUAUCACCGCCGACGCGUCACAACUGAAGAACCGAGGCCUGGCAUAUGCCUUCACAUCCUCUCCGUACAUGAUAACGGCAUUCGCAGGGGCCAAAGCCUCCGAGGGCUUCUACAACGACAUUAGCUGGCGAUGGGGCUUUGGCGUCUUUGCGAUUGUCUUUCCCAUCGUGGCUGCUCCUCUUUACUUUAUCCUUAAACUCAACCUACGUAAGGCAGAGAGGCAAGGCCUUCUCAGCAAGGAGCCAAGCGACAGGACGAUUGUCCAAAGUAUCUGGUAUUAUUGCGUCGAAUUUGACGCUAUGGGAGUCUUCCUCUUCUCCGUCGGCCUUACCGUCUUCCUUCUCCCCUUCAACAUUGCGGACUCUGCGCCAAACGGUUGGGCAUCGGGAUAUAUCAUUGCCAUGAUUGUGGUCGGCUUCGUCAUGCUGAUUGUAUUCAGCCUAUACGAGGCAUUUCUUGCCCCUACGCCUUUGCUGACUUGGAACCUCCUGAUUGACCGAACCGUCAUCGGCGCAUGUCUCCUCGAUGCUACAUAUCAGAUCUCGUACUACUGCUGGGCAAACUACUUCACAUCUUUCUUGCAGGUGGUCAAUGACCUGAGCUUGGCAGAGGCCGGAUACGUCAACAACACCUUCAAUGUGGUUUCUGGAGUUCUUUUGCUGAUUGUGGGCUUCCUGAUCCGCCGAACCGGUCGAUUCAAGUGGCUGCUUUACAUCGCGAUUCCGCUUUACAUCUUCGCGCAGGGCUUGAUGAUAUAUUUCCGCAAGCCCGACCAGAGCGUAGGCUACCUUGUUAUGUGCCAGGUUUUUAUAUCUAUCGGAGGCAGUAUCUUCAUCAUCAUUGAGCAGCUUGCUAUCUUGGCGGCUGUGGAUCACCAGCACAUUGCGGCAGCCCUCGCAUUGCUUAAUGUCGUGGGAACUGCGGGAGAUGCCCUCGGAGCUACCAUCAGCGGCGCCAUCUGGACAAACACGUUCCAAAAGGCACUGGAAAGAUAUUUGCCAGAAUCCGCGCUUCCAGAUCUGGACAUCAUCUACGAGGACCUGGAUACGCAGCUCAGCUAUCCUGUUGGAAGCGCCGUGAGGUUGGCGAUUCAGAAAGCGUAUGGCUACUCACAAACUCGAAUGCUGGCGGCUGGCACUGGCGUCAUGGGCCUUGCAAUCAUCUGGAUGCUCAUGAUCAGAAACAUCAACCUGACGAAGGUGGCACAGGUCAAGGGUAUGGUCUUCUAG